AUGGACACACAAGCAGGAAUAUCUCAGAAGGACAUCUAAUGUUAUCCCCGGAUUGUGACAUAAAAGAUAAUGAUAGUAGACAGGAUUCUCCAGGAGAUAACCCCAUUACCCCACAUCCAGCUCUAUCAGCUGAUCCCUCUGAUCCUGGGAAAUGUUCUCCUGAUCACUCUGAUAUUGGUGCAUUUGUUACAGCUCUGACAGUAGAUAUAGAGUUUCCCUGUUCUAUAGAUGCCAAAUGUUUUACACAGCACACAAACCUUAUUACUCAUCAGCCUGCUAAGACAGGUGAGAAGCCAUUUCCAUGUUCUGAGUGUGGGAAAUGUUUUACACUGAAAUCAAAUCUUGUUACGCAUCAGAGAACUCACACAGGUGAGAAGCCAUUUUCCUGUUCUGAAUGUGGUAAAUGUUUUACACAGAGCUCAAAUAUGAUUAAACAUCAGAGAACUCAUACAGGCGAGAAGCCAUUUUCCUGUUCUGAGUGUGGGAAAUGUUUUUUAAGUAAAUUGAAUCUUAUUACACAUCAGGGUACUCACACAGGAGAGAAUCCAUUUCCAUGUUCUGAGUGUGGGAAAUGUUUUUUAAGUAAAGCACAUCUAGUUUCACAUCAGAGAACUCACACAGGUGAGAAGCCAUUUUCCUGUUCUGAGUGUGGGAAAUGUUUUUUAAGAAAAACAAAUCUUAUUACACAUCUGAGAAGUCACACAGGUGAGAAGCCAUUUUCCUGUUCUGAGUGUGGAAAAUGUUUUUUAAGAAAAUCGAAUCUUAUUACACAUCAGAGAAGUCACACAGGUGAGAAGCCAUUUUCCUGUUCUGAAUGUGGGAAAUGUUUUUUAAGUAAAUCAAAUCUUAUUGCACAUCAGAGAAGUCACACAGGUGAGAAUCCAUUUCCAUGUUCUGAGUGUGGGAAAUCUUUUUUAUGUAAAGCACAUCUAGUUUCACAUCAGAGAAGUCACACAGGUGAGAAGCCAUUUUCCUGUUCUGAGUGUGGGAAAUGUUUUAUAAGUAAAUCAAAUCUUAUUACACAUCAGAGAAGUCACACAGGUGAGAAGCCAUUUCCAUGUUCUGAGUGUGGGAAAUGUUUUUUAAGAAAAGCACAUCUAGUUUCACAUCAGAGAACACACACAGGUGAGAAGCCAUUUUCCUGUUCUGAGUGUGGGAAAUGUUUUAUAAGUAAAUCAAAUCUUAUUACACAUCAGAGAAGUCACACAGGUGAGAAACCAUUUCCAUGUUCUGAGUGUGGGAAAGGUUUUUUAAUUAAAGCACAUCUUGUUAGACAUCAGAGAACUCACACAGUUGGGAAGCUGUCCCAUUCCCUGAGUGUGGGAAAUAAAACAGCUCUUGUUGAACACAGACAUUAUCCAAGUGAGGAACCAUUUUAAUCUUCUGGAGUAUAAUCAUCAUUGCCAUGCAUUGUUCCUCAAGGUUCUGUCCUAUCUCCGAUACUUGCAAUCUACCACUGGGUGAAAUAAUCAGACGUCAUGACCUGGCCUACCACUGCUAUGCAGAUGACUUAUCUUCUGCUCCAUGAAAUGAGAACCCAACACCAAUCCUAAAUGGGAUGGUGAUGAUAUCCCGGUGGACAGAAUGCUGGCUGUCAAUAUACCACCAGCGGCAUCCCGGCCACCAGAAUACCGGCAGUGGGGUGAGUGCAUAGAGUUCCCUUGCGGGCUCCCUGCGCUCGCUAUGCUGCAGGUGCGGUGGUUCGUUGCGCUGACCACAGGUAUUAUUCCCACUCCAUGGGUGUCAUAGACGCCCACAAGUGAGAAUAGCUGUGGCGAGUGCUGUCGGCAUUCCCGGCUGUCGGGAUUUCAGCGUCGGGAUCCUGAACGCCGGGAUAUUAACUACAUCCCAUCCUAAAUGGUUGUCUAGCAGAGCUCCAGGGGUGGAUGAUGCCAGUUGGCUGUGACUCAGUCUUAGUGAUACGUAAUAGAAGCUUACCAACAAAGGACAAGACUACAGCUUUACCAACCAUCAUGACUUAUGCUUUGGGGUUCAGAGUUACAAAAUGCUGACUGCGGAAUCUUUGUGUUGUCCCGGAUUGUGGCCGACACAGACAUCAGGUAUCCGCCACAUUCAAAUCCUUGUUCUUCCAUCUGUGGACCAUAGCCAGACUCCAGCACUUGAUUCCCUCAGAAGAUCUGCCUACAGUCAUACAUGUAUUUGUAUACUCUCACAUAGACUACUGCAAUGCCCUCUACCUGGGUCUCCCAGCAAAAGAAUUGCACCACUUGCAGAUGGUACAGAAUGCAGCAGCCAGUCUGUUACCUAACCAGCCCCUUCCUGCCACAUAACACCCAUUCUCUACUCCCUCCACCGUCUGCCUGUAAGAUGGGAAAUCUAUUUCAUAAUCGGCUUACUGACCUUCCCAGCCCAACAUUACAUGGUCCAAGGUAUCAGAAGCAGCUUCUGCCUCCUUACUGCCUCACUUGUUUAUUUCUGCAGGUAAAAGGAUUGUUACCAGUAGUACCAGGAAACUCCCAUAAUGCAUUUGGGGGUCAAACUUUUAGCUUUGUAGCCCUGGCCAUGGAACUUGCUGCCUCGCACAGUCCAAGAGGCCUCCAUUCUAGAGCCCCUCACAAGCAGGCUGAUGACUGACCUGUUACUCAUUUCAUUAAUGCUCCUCUAGUUCUUACAUAUAUCCCACAUGCUUAGUUCUUUGUUCUGUUGUUUAUUUUGUAUCUUGUGCUUUGUGUAAAUGUUUAAUUCCAGUUUGCAGUAUCUAUAUUGCUGCACGACAAUAUGGCGGCCAUAGGAACGUGUUUCCACUUCUAGUUUCCCAUUCUUAUGUCAUCUGAUCAUCUUAAUCAGGAGUGUUGUGGGAUACAAGAUCCUAUAUAUAUAUAUAUAUAUGUAUAUAUAUAUAUAUAUACAUUACCAUGUGCAUUAGAGUCACCCGGGUUCCAUCUGCGGUGGUUUGUUGUAUGUUACAUCUAUAUGGUGCGGAUACUCUGUAUGAUCUCAUAA